UUCCUCUCCCUCUCGGCCGCGUCCUCUCUCUCUCUCCCCGACCUCUCUUUCUCGUACACUUUCUCUUCUUCCCUCUGCAAUCACCCGAAAACACCAUUUCCGGCCACCACCUCUAGUCACCGCCACCACCAAUCGACGCAGCUCCUGUAUCCGACCUCAACCCGAGCCCAGCAAGGCCAUGCGUCGUCUCCAGCCUCCACAUGUGACCACCAAACCUGCGACACCAUUGCCAUCCUUACUACUCCGAUCUCUAGUCGCUGAUUCACACCACCGCUAUCAGAAAUUGAAGCACCUAGCUGUAGAGUGCAAACCCGAACCAUAGCCUCAAACUCUGACACCGGAAAAUGCCGUGCAAGCUCGCCGGAACUCGAGGCUCUGCAUGCCUUCGUUCUCCAAUCUCCAGUCCGAAACAAACCAAACCACCACCAUACAUGGAGUCAGCAUCUCUCCCUUGACCAAAACCCCAUAACCCCGAUCUCCGACUUUGACUGGAGCCCCCGCACCGGCUACACGCGUCGCCGCUGGCAUGUGAGCCACCACAGCACUGCCGCUUAUGGAUGCCGGAUCUCCAAAUAGUUUCGAUUAGGUAAACUUUGUGUCUCUCCUUUGAUUGGAGCUUCUGGUUUGACGUGAAAUGAAAUCCCUAACUCUGUCAUUUAAUUGGAAUUGUGUGAGGUUAUGUGGAGUCUGCGAAUUUGGGAUUUUUGGAAAGGAGGAGCUCUCGAGUCAGUUUCGAGGGAAAUGGGAAAUGGGAACAGAAUGAAUGAUGAUGAUGGAAAUGCAGCCAUGCUGAAUCGAAUCUCUGUGGAAAAGAAGUUGUGGACUCGAGCGUGUGCACAUGGAUUUGGACAAAUGAUCGAAAGUCGGGAACGAACUCGAAUGUGGACGAGCACUCCAUAUCCAGUGUGCAGGUUUCGAGCAUGUGGUCGGGGAGUGUACAGAGGAGGCACAUGGCCCGGCUUGGCGCAUUCUUCUUUAAUUUUAUCAAAAGAAGGUUUUAGUUUUUAUCGGAUUUUGAAGUAGCUUGUUUAUUUACUUUUUAUUUAUUUCCUACUCGAUCGUUUACCAAAACUUCGAGAGGCCCGUAACCUUGGGGUGCGUCUCUCGCACUUGUAGAUACUUAGUGAUUUGUUUUCCAAAUUGGGCUCCAAUUGUAAGCCCAAAACUCAUAGCCCAUUUCAAAUUCCGCUUUUGAAAAUAUGUUUUUCGGUUGCUAGAAUGAUUUGUCCAAGAAAGUGUUUUGUAAACCAACAAUCUAAACCCAAAAGGCCUUGCGAUUUCGGGUUGAUGAGUUAUCGGGAUGUUAUUCGUGACAUGUAGGUUUCUCAUUGGCUCGGGGUCGCGGCGCUGUGGGACCCCCCUCUCGGGUCACCACACGCAAGCUGCGAGAGGAGGAAGAAGUGGGAGAGAGUGAGACUUUGAGAGACGAUUCUCCAGUUUGAAACUUCGAAUAGGCCGUAGUCAAUGAGUGGAGUCGGGAGUGGGGGAGUUAGUUCGGGUGGGCUACUGGGCUUCUGGAGUCUAAACAAUACCCAAUUAAAAAAAAAACGUAUACAUCUAUUUUUUUUUUUUAAGCCCAAAAAUCUCGGAUGGGCUUGAGCCCGCCCCAGUCUGUACCUAGAUCCGCCAGUGAUUGUGAUAGACAAUGUAUAAGUAGGAAUGUAGGAAAUUAAGGGUGAACCGGAAAACUGAAAAAAAAAAACCGAACCGCAAACGAAAAAAGCCGAACCAAACCAAAA